AGUCGUGGUUUGGCUGCAGGAUGCGGCUGUUCGCUGCGGGAGGCAGACACGUUUGUGGCCGCGUUGAUGGAAGCCGCUUGGUUUUCGAGAGUACGUGACAGUUCCUGACUUCGGGAGCAGAGCGGACUCAGGAUGCAGUGGCUGCCCUUUUUCCCCCUGAGGAAACUCAGGCGGAAUGGAGGAUACCUUCUGUUCGGGGCCGUGCUGCUAGUCGCGGCUUUCGCUGCCUAUCUGGAGUUUGUUGCCAAAAGCGCAUGGAGCACCGUCCAUGACGACCUGCACAAGGACCAGACAGCCUACGUAAAGCCAGCUGUUAUCAGAGACGGAUCUGAAGUUUAUGAAAAGGACAAGAGCUGGAUGUCCAGAUACACUCCUCAGCCCUGGAGGCCUGAGUAUAAAGGAGAGGCUAAUCUUCAUGUAUUUGAAGACUGGUGUGGCAGCACCAUCGCAAAACUCAGAAAAAACCUGCACUAUCCCCUUUAUCCUCACUCACGUAUCACAGUGAAGAAACUGGCUGUGUCCCCCAGCUGGACUAACUAUGGCCUCAGAAUGUUUGGCUACAUCCACCCAUUUACUGAUGGUGAGUUCCUUUUUGCAGUGGCGUGUGAUGAUAACUGUGAGUUCUGGCUUAGUCAGGAUGAAAACCCAGACAACCUGAAACUCUCUGCCUACGUUGGCAAGGCUGGUAAAGAAUGGACUGCACCAGGGGAAUAUGGGAAAUAUCCAAGCCAGAUAUCCCAGCCAGUCCUACUGCAGCAGCAGAAGAGAUAUUAUUUUGAGCUGAUCCACAAACAGAAUGAUCACGGAACAGACCAUGUUGAGGUUGCGUGGCGGCUCAAACAAGCCAGUACAAAGUUUAUACUUAUCGACUCUCGGUCCAUCUCUCUUUAUACCAAUGAGUCUUCCCUGAAGAUGAAUUAUGUGAGUCACAUUCCUCAGACUGUUGCCAGUCAUGUAGUUCUGUCCCGGGACGCUGCACUAUCCACUCCCCAUGAGGCGGACAUGCUGAAAGAGGAUCCCCGUGACACCUUUUAUCAGAUUUCAUUGCUGGACCGGUCCCAUUUAUGGGGUGUUUUGCCAGAAUGUGCCUAUAAACCCAGUUACAUCAUCAAAGGCUUCCCUUUGCUCCGCUAUCAGGGUCUGCAGUUUGUGCGCCUAUUGUAUGUUUACCCUAAUGACUACACUCGCCUUACUCACAUGGAGAAUGAUAACAAGUGUUUCUAUCAGGAGAGACCCUACUACUUAAAGAGAUAUGGCUUCUCCAUGUAUAUGAAACUGGACCAAUCGGAAAACAAGAAUGUGGGCUUCAGACACAGAGGUGAUGAUAGGAUGAGAUGGAGGCAGAGGCAGGAUUGGUACAAUUAUGGAAGGAUGGAGCAAGAAGGAGAGGAGGAGGACAUAAACGAUGAGCAGAAAGCUGAAGAUGGGAUUGUGGAUGAUUUUGAUGACUACUCACUGCAGAAACAAAGGAAACUCUUUUCUAUGUUGGCUGAAGGGAGCAGGAACGGGGGGUGGAGAGAUGACGGACAGGUGAAUGGAGUGGGGAGAGCACAGCAGGAGAACUCCCUAGUAAAUACAGUUGGCGAAAUAAGAGCACCAAACUGGCCUUCAGAACAGCAUCUGGGAAGGGCAGUGGAGAAUCAGCAGCAAGGACCAGAAGCACUCCAAAUCCAAAGCAAAACAGCAGGACAGCUCAGUAGGUCAAGGGUGAAACGUAAAGUUGAGCGUGAUCUGUCUCUUAAAAGGAAACAAGGACAUGACCUCCAGCCUAUGGGACGCUUAAGUAGUCAUGAUGGCCAAAGAGAGACACCGCCUGCUGUAGAAAAGCCUGAAGACUUUACUGCCAAACCAGCCGAGGCGAAAGAUAAAACUGUUGAAGCAGUGGUGUUGGGCAACUAUGAUGAUGAGCUAUUCAAACGGGAUGCUGCUAACAGGAAGUCUGCAGAUUUUGUCAUAUCUGACAUCAAGGAGAGAGGUCAGCAUCUACCCAGAUUAAAUAACAAUGUUCUGCUUGCUAAUAGUGAACACAAGGCAGCAGAGCAUGUGUCAGAUGGCAAACUGAACAUUUUGGAUGAAGGCAAGAUAAAGGAAACCAUCCCAGAGGAAAUUAGAGCUAUUCGGGCAGGGAGAAAAACUGAUCCAAGCCUGCUGGAUGGUCCUAAGCACAGGUCAGCGGGUCAAGAGAAGGACCGAGCUGCUGAGCAUAGGGUCCUGAAUCACAAAGUAGCUAAUUCAGACAGAGAAAAUGCAGCAAUAUUCCAUGUAGAUAAGGGCAAUGCUUCUCUGUCUCUCAGGUCAAAUUCAAAUGGUUCUCUGUCUCAUAAAGUAAAAGAUGGUUCCAUCAGGCUCUUAAAUGGGCCUAAACCUCAAGAACAUCAUUAUGCCAUUACUCGAGAUGCACAGCAGCUUGUUGAUAAACAGAUGGCAAAGGAGUUAAAUAAGUCCAUUACUGGGCAUGUGGAGAUGGAUGUUGUUGAUCCUCCCACCAAGGAAAAUAACCACUCUUGGAGGAGAGAGAGAGGGGCAGAGGGAGAGGAGUCUAGAUUCGUUUCCAAAAGAAAGCAGAAAUUGAGCAAGUAUGAGGAAGAAGACAACACUGUUGAUGAUUGGGCGCUCUAUGGAGACUCUGAGUCAGAGUAUGACCUCCUCAAUCGAGUUGGGUUUGACCGUGAGGUGAACUGGGCUCAGACGUUCCAGGUCAAGCCGCUGGACUUCCAGACCCUACGAUCUGAUUGGAUAGAUCUAGCCUGCAACGUGUCUGGGAAUCUGCUUAUCAGCCAGUCAGAGGCAGAGGCUGUAGUGCAGACUUUCAUGGAGAAACUCAACAAGAAAUACCCAAGUCGGUUCACUCUCCAGCGUAUAGUGAAUGUAGAGAAGCGGCCUGAUGUAGCUCGGGGCAGUCGGUAUCUGCUGGAAUUGGAUCUGCUAGAGUGGUCCAGCCGCAGAAUACGCCUAGCUCACUACAUCUAUGUCCUGUACAACCCUGACCAGAGCCGAGGCAGGGCCAUCAACAAGCAGAGUAACCAUCCACAACUGCUACUCUGCAGCCCACACAACUUUCAGUGGAACCCCAGAGCUACUGUCCACUUCAUUGUGCCAGUGAAGAACCAGGCUCGCUGGGUGCAGCAGUUCAUUGUGGAUAUGGAGGAGCUCUACAGAGCCACUGGAGACAGCAAUUUCAACAUCAUCAUUACUGAUUAUGACAGCACAGAUAUGGAUAUAGAGAAAGCCCUGAAAAACUCUCAUCUACCAAGUUACCAGUACCUCAGACUAAAGGGAAACUUUCAGAGGUCAGCUGGGCUACAGGCUGGAAUAGACAUCAUUACAGAUGAGCACAGCAUUGUGUUUCUGUGUGAUCUACACAUCCAUUUCCCACUGGGUUUUAUUGACUCAGUGAGGAGACACUGCGUUGAAGGACGAAUGGCCUUCGCUCCCAUAGUGAUGAGGCUUAACUGUGGUGCUACGCCUCAGGAACCUGAUGGGUACUGGGAAGUAAACGGCUUUGGUUUGCUGGGUAUUUAUAAAUCUGACCUGGACUCUAUUGGUGGCAUGAACACCAAAGACUUCACUGUCCGCUGGGGAGGAGAGGACUGGGAACUACUGGAUAGGAUCCUGCAGACAGGAAUGGAAGUGGAACGGCUAUACUUGAGGAAUUUCUUCCAUUACUAUCACUCUCGGCGUGGCAUGUGGAACCGCCGGAUAGUCCCUGAUACGUAACUAUGGCAACCCUACAUCUUCAGCACAACAGUCACUGUGGCACUUUAAUCAGCCUAUGUUCAGUUUGGCCAUUCUGGCAGAUGACUCCUGUAAGGGUGGGCCUCGGGGCAUUGAUGCUGUCUGUUAGUCAGGCAGUUUUUGUGAUGAUAGGCUUUGGUUGUGGUAGCAGAAACCGAAAAUAAGAAACAUGAAGGAGCUAAACUCUCUGGAUGCUCCUGAUACUACUGAAGAUACACACUCAGGAGAGAAAGUGCUCUAAAAGUAAGUACAUCUUAGCUUUAUUUAUGCUUUGAAGCAUUUCUUUAGUUUACACACAGUCUUGAAUGUGUAUUUAUUGGUGUAGAGUCGUUUUGUGUGGGUUUCAUUCCACAUUGGCAUGUGUCCUGUAUAUAGUGUACAGGCCCUCUCUGAGGCUAUGAGGAACUCUACGUUGCUGUAAGGUUUAGUCACAGUCCUUAUAAGACUGCCCACGACCAGGCUCCUAGCUCUUUGAAUGGAGAGAGACAUAUGAACCCCAAACUGAAGUUUGGUUUAAAAAUUUUAUUGACAUUGUUUGUUCUCCUGAACCCCAGCACAUGCAGCCAAUAGUAGUUUUGCACUGGAGAUGCAAGGCUUAUAUAACAGGUUUUUAGACAUUUUGGAUGCAUUAGCCUUGCAGCUCCACUAUAAUACUAACUUUGGAUGGCAAACAGUGGGGUAAAUUGUUUGAUUCAUUUUUUUUGAAUAACCAUUCCAUUAAUACACCUACCUCUAAAUACCCUGUUAAUGAGGUGGAUCAUGUACAGUAUGUUAGAAGACUGAAACUGAACUCUGCAGGGUGAUUAGAUCUCCGGGACCAGUGUUUGUCUCUCCUGGUGUUCAGCUGGGCAGUGAUCAAACCAACUAGUUGCAAUAGUUUUGUGCCUUCAGCCUGCAAGCCUUAAUGCAAGUCGCUUGCAAGACACUUCAGCUCUGAUUUAAUCAGCAUGGGCAGGGUGGAACAAGUAGCCUUUGUCUUAAGAAAACCUUUUUUGCUUGAAGAGUGCAGAAGCAAUACAUAACAGUCUGCUAUUAUUCCCAUUCCAAGGAGGAGUUGUAGCAUUCAUAUUGUUUCAGAUGUUUCACUGCGCAGAAUUACUCAGAUACGUAAAUUAUUUUGUCUCAGCAAACUCAGUCUGCCUCAUUAAGAGAAGAUUAAUUAGAAGAUUUAGAAAAUCUGUGGAUUUAACAGAGCUUCUUUUAUGGUCUUUUAUUGUUUAAUAGCAAGUUCUGAUCUCUCUGACUCAGGAAAAGUGGAGAAUACUAUACUGACUCAAAAGUGCCUUUUGCUUUCUGUUGCAAAAAAGGGAAAUUAUUCAGAAAACGUAGGCUUGUUUGGUUGUAUGAAUUCAGCCAGGUUGCAUUGGUUUUGUGCGUAUUUAAUUUUAUAUAUGUGUGUGUAUAUAAGGGUCUACAGUAAGGACAGAUACAGGCAAGAGUCAAGCUACAUGUGCACUAAAUCUAAAGAAAUACCUUGUGAGCAAGUAAAAUAUUCAAAAGGAGUUUAUCAUUUUAUUUUGUUUUUGAGAUUUGCUGCUCAUCUGUCUUCAACAAUUUGUCUUCAAUGAAAUACCAAUUUUUUGUCAUAAAUAUAUUUAUAUACUUAUGUAUAUGUUUGUUGGUAUGUCAUUUUUCUUAGUUACAGGAAAAAUAAAUGUAAAACUUUUGAACUCUCAUAUGAUGGUUUCAGGCAGAUGCUGUUUACUUUGUGCUAUGAAGUACAGCAGAUUUUAUUGUUUAUAUACAGUGCUGAGCAAAAGCUUUAUGCUCUUUUAAGCAAAUAUUACAGUAUGUAGUGAUUUUUAUGAAUGUCAAUGUGUGUGUUUAAGCCUUUCCAAACCUCCUCAUGGCAGCCCAGUAUUAUUUGUAGGUAUCACCCAAUACUUGGUUUGGCUCAGUCAGCCGUGAGUGCUGUGUGACAGCUAGAGGCAUCCAAGAAAAAAAUCAGGAACAAAACUUUAGUCUAUAAACUAGCAAGAUACUACUUUUUUUCAAAAUAUGAAAUUCUUGUUCUGCUUACUUUCUGCUGUAUUUCUGUUUCUUUGUAUAGACUCUAAUGAUAUGUGGUGUUUUUACAAACCAAAACAUUUUUCUUGCCAAGUUUUAGACAGUAUGCCCAAGACUUUUGCACAGUUUGUUAUAUUGAAUAAAAUCUGUCUGCUGAGUCUUCUGAA